GCCCUAGCUAGCCAGCUACCUACCUCAAAGUUCCCAAAACUCCAACUUUAGUACCAUUAUAAAGGCCACCACACCCAUCAAGCCUCAAACUACCACUUUGUCUCCCUUUGCAGUCAAAGAAAGCACCAAAAUGGAGGAUGUGAUGAAGGGGCCGUACAAGGUUCCAUCUUUUGGCAGCUGGAAUUUCUAUGAAGAGAAGCAUGUCGAUGGGUUUGUGCAAGCUCAAUUCUUUGUGGAAGAUGGCGAGGAGCUCUUCGAGGUGCUCAGAUCCUACAAACAUCUGCCUCAGGAGAGGAAGAAGGAGGAGAAGAAGAAGAACAAGCCAAGAGCUGUAGAUGAUGACCUUUACAAGAUACCUCCAGAGCUCCUCUGUCAAAUACCAAAGAAGAGGAAUUUGCUAAAGAAUUUUUGGGCAGGAUGUCUGUGUCUCAGUUGCAUGGCAUGAGUGAUAGAGUUGUUCUUCUGUUGUUGCUUUCUCUUGGGGUGUAUUAUUUGGCUGUGUAGCAAAAGGUGUUUAAAAAGGGAUGACAUGUAAUAAAUUGAGUACAUUUUUACUUGAAUCCUACAAGUUUAGUCACAUUGUCUAAUUUUGUAUUUAUGUUUAUCGGUGUCAAAGGAGUUUCUUUGCCUACUUUAUUUGAUCGAUUUGAAGUUU